AUGGGGCAACCAUUGAUAUUCAAUUUGAAAGCAGCGGUGUCAUUAUACCACUAUUCAAUUAAGUUCCCCACUUUCCAUGGUAUGGACGAAGUCAAAGGAAACAGGGCUCUCAUCGAUACAUGUCAAUUGAAAGCCUACGACCGCAGUCAAUGCAUCCUCUCGAGAGUGCAUAUGGCUCAUGUAUGGGAUUCCAAACUCAGUUCACUAGACCAGAGGAUCAAAAUCGAAGGAGGAAAACCCGUCGAAGAGUUGGAAGGAGUCCAAGUUUGUACAGACGAUCCGUCAAAAGAACUCCAAGUCAGGCGCGAGCUGCAACCCUCCACCCAAAGUAAAAUUGUGGCUUUUCUUAGACAGAACCUUGAUGUCUUUGCCUGGUUCCAUGGGGACAUGAGAGGAAUAGACCGCAAAAUUAUCUGCCACAAAUUGCAAAAACUGUUGCACAAUGAUUUCCUUCGAGAAGCAAAAUAUCCAAAGUGGGUCGCCAACUCGGUUCUUGUGAAAAAACACAAUAGAGAUUGGAGGGUAUACAUAGACUUCACCAACCUCAACAAAGCAUGCCCCAAAGACAAUUUUCCCCUACCAAGAAUAUAUCAAAUGGUGGAUGCCACUGCAGGACACGAACCACUCAGCUUCAUGGAUGCGUACUCCCGCUACAAUCAGAUACCAAUGUACGGCCCAGAUUAA